AUGGAUGAUGAUGAUAUGGAUGAUGAUGAUAUGGAUGAUGAUGAUAUGGAUGAUGAUGAUAUGGAUGAUGAUGAUAUGGAUGAUGAUGAUAUGGAUGAUGAUGAUAUGGAUGAUGAUGAUGAUAUGGAUGAUGAUGAUGAUAUGGAUGAUGAUGAUGAUAUGGAUGAUGAUGAUGAUAUGGAUGAUGAUGAUGAUAUGGAUGAUGAUGAUGAUAUGGAUGAUGAUGAUGAUAUGGAUGAUGAUGAUAUGGAUGAUGAUGAUGAUGAUGAUAUGGAUGUUGAUGAUGAUAUGGAUGAUGAUGAUGAUAUGGAUGAUGAUGAUGAUAUGGAUGAUGAUGAUGAUAUGGAUGAUGAUGAUGAUAUGGAUGAUGAUGAUGAUAUGGAUGAUGAUGAUGAUAUGGAUGAUGAUGAUGAUGAUAUAGAUGAUGAUGAUAUAGAUGAUGAGUGCUAA